CGACACCAGGGGGCAGCACUCAUUCAUUCACUCUUCCUAUCUUCUAUCACAACUGACCCGCGCAACUCGCGAGAGAAGAGGUAGCAACAUCGGAAAACUGAAACAAACACCAAAAAACACACGAUGAGUGUUGACGUAAAGAAACUGAAAGUGAACGAACUAAAAGAGGAGCUGCAGCGCCGCGGCCUGGACACCAAAGGCCUGAAGGCAGAUCUGGUGGAGAGGCUGAAAACUGCUCUGGAGGCUGAAACUAACACUGAUGCGACUGAGCAAGGGGACCAGGAGGAUGCAUACUAUCAGGAAACCCCAGAGAACGAAGAAGACGAGGAUGUAGAGGAUGCAGAAGAGCAACAGGAAGCUGCUGAGGACUCUGGUGAUGAUGCGGAUGAAGGCGAAGGUGAAGUGGAACCAGAUGCCGAAGUGGAACAAGAUGCAGAAGCGGAAGAAGAUGGUGAGGACGAUGUUCUUCAAGAGGAAGAUGAGGGUAGAGACUCUGGUGGUUACUACGAGGACGAGGAAGCAGAAGGCGAGCCUUAUGAAAGCCGUCCAACUUCAGAUUCGGGACACAGCAUGCCUGACUUCACAGCAGAUGUUGAUGUAAACAAAGCCGAACACAUGUCUGAGGAGGAAACUAAGCCUGUGGAAGAGCCUGAGCCCGAGCCAGAGCCAGAGCAGAACCUUCAAAACAUACCAGAAGUCAAAGUGGAGGUGAAAAUGGAGGAUGAAGCGGAGGCUGCUAGUGACGAACAGGAAAGGCAGGAUAGCCCUGAAGCGGAACAACAGCAGGAGCAAGAUGCCGUAAAGGCUGAGCAAGUGAAAGCUGAGUCUGACAAGGGUGGAAACAGCCGCAAGAGACCAUACGAGGAGAGCAGAGCCUAUGGUUACUAUGAGCAUCGCGAAGACAAGAGAUCCCGCACUCCACAACCCCCCGCUGAAGAUGAAGAGGAGAACAUAGAUGACACUCUUGUUACGAUUGAUACAUACAACUGUGAUCUGCACUUCAAAGUGUCCAGAGAUCGCUACAGUGGUUAUCCACUGACCAUCGAAGGCUUCGCUUACCUUUGGGCCGGAGCGCGAGCUUCACAUGGUGUCACCCAGGGUCGUGUGUGUUUUGAGAUGAAGCUAAAUGAGGAAAUUCCUGUAAAGCACCUGCCUAGUAGUGAGCCCGAUCCCCAUGUGGUCAGAAUUGGAUGGUCUCUGAACCACUGCAGCACUCAGCUUGGUGAGGAGGCCUUUUCUUUUGGGUAUGGUGGAACAGGAAAGAAAUCCUCUGACUGCAAGUUUGCAGACUUUGGUGAGAAGUUUGGUGAAAACGAUGUCAUCGGCUGUUACAUUGACUUCGACAGCGGAGACGAGGUGGAGAUGGCCUACUCAAAAAAUGGAGUUUCGUUGGGUGUUGCUUUCCGGACAACAAAGGAGGCACUGGCAGGCCGUGCCCUGUUCCCUCAUGUCCUGGUGAAGAAUUGUGCUGUUGAGUUCAACUUCGGACAGAAGCCGCAGCCCUACUUCCCCCCACCAGAGGGAUACACCUACAUCCACAAUCUUGAGAUGGAAGACAAAAUCAGAGGGACUAAGGGACCUGCAACCAAAUCUGAUUGCGAGAUCUUGAUGAUGGUUGGCCUGCCUGCCUGCGGAAAGACAACCUGGGCCACAAAGCAUGCAGAGGCGAACCCUGAAAAGAAGUACAACAUCUUGGGCACCAAUGCAAUCAUGGACAAGAUGAAGGUGAUGGGCCUGCGUCGCCAGAAGAACUACUCCGGGCGCUGGGAUGUUCUGAUUCAGCAGGCCACCCAGUGUCUGAACCGGCUGAUUGAGAUCGCUGCUCGCAAGAGACGCAACUACAUCCUAGAUCAGACAAAUGUAUAUGGAUCAGCAAGGAGACGAAAAAUGCGUCCUUUUGAAGGUUUUCAACGCAAGGCUAUUGUAAUUUGUCCCACGGACGAGGAUUUUAAAGAACGAACAUUAAAGCAAACCAAUGAGCAGGGGAAGGAUGUGCCCGAUCAUGCUGUUUUAGAAAUGAAAGCCAACUUUACUAUCCCUGAGGCUUGCGACUUCCUGGAGGCAGUGACGUACAUUGAGCUGCAACAUGACGAGGCUGAAACCCUGCUGAAGCAGUACAAUGAGGAGGGUCGCAAGGCUGGCCCGCCCCCUGAGAAACGCUUUGACAACAGGCAGGGCGGGUUCCGCGGCCGCGGUAGUGGAACCGUCCAGCGUUACGACAACCGGGACGGGUCUCGUGGUGGCUACCAAAACCGCAGCGGAGAUGGAGGCAGUGGAUACAGAGGAGGCUACAAUCGCGGCAGCUACAACCAGAGCCGUUGGGGUAGCAGCUACCGUGAAGGAGGCUCUGAUUCCCGCGGUGGAUACAACCGCAGCCAGCCGUCAGCAGGAAGCUACAAUCGCCCAGCUCCUUACAACAAAGGAGGAUAUAACCAGGGCUACAGCCAGACCUACAGUCAAGGAUACAACCAGGGCAGCUACAAUCAAAACUACUACAGCAACUACAGUCAGUAUCCAGGAUACAGCCAGAGCUACAGCCAGACACCUACCACUGCACAGACGUACAACCACCACCAGCAACAGCCACAGCCACAGCAGCCACAACAGACGCAGCAAACUCAGCAGACACAACAGAGCUACAACCAGCAAUAUCAGCAGUACGCUCAGCAGUGGCAGCAGUACUACCAGAACCAGAACCAGUGGAACCAGUAUUACAGCCAGUACGGCAGCUACCCUGGACAGGGCAGUCAAGGCUCAUCCUCUGGUUCCCAGUAACCUCGCCCUGCAUCUUUACCUGCAUCCGCCUGUGUCCUAGACACUCUGACCUCUGCAGCAAAAUCGAUUUUGUACAGUCUCACACAAAGUCCCCAAUCAUAACUGUCUCUGUCUGGUUUAACACAGUAGCUUCAUUCCUCACCAAUUAAUGUACACAUAAACUGAAUACAGUUUGAUGUCUUUUCAUUUUUCUACUGAAUGAAGUCUUACUCUAAGCAGUGACUGUGGGUUGGUAGAUGAUAGGUAUCAAAACAUUUAAUGAAUGUUAUCUAUUAUGCAUUGAAUGUGGAUGUUUGUUGAACUGCAAACUCCACAUUUGCUACAGGUUGAAGAGUAAAUUGUAUAUUUCUAGGAAUCAUAGUGGGAAAAAGUGACAAGGCAGGAAAACUUUUAAGCAAAGGCUGAAUAAUUCUGCUUGUUUUGAGAAGCUUAACAAAGAACAAAAUGCAUGCUUUUUACCUCCACCUCCCCUUCCUCUGUCUUGCUCUUUAUUUUUCAGUUACCGAGUGAGCACAUUUUAUUUACUACAAUAGACUUCAAACAUGAAACAUUUUUUUAUAGUUGUUGGUGUUGAUACUGUAGUAUUUAAGAGUUGAUCCAGUUUUUUGAUUAAGAAUAUUUUGCCACUCUUGAGUAGUUUAUGUGCAGGGUUUUUUUUUUUAUUCCUUUGUGAUUGGUGUUCAUUGAGUCCAGUAGUUAAAACCCUGUUGUAAAACCCAUUUUUUCUACCUGAAGAUGAAAGUCUGAUUUUGACCAGUUACCCAAGCUGUUGUCUUGUCUUUAUACAAUAAAUGCAAUUGUAUACGCCUGUA